AUCCUCCUCACACAACUGAACUUCCUUUCCUUGUUUGGUUGAUCAUCAUGAGUCGCCAAUUCUCUUGUGGAUCUCGUGGAGGAGGAGGAGGAGGAGGUGCAAGUUGGGGUUUCAGUGGGAGCUCCGUAAAAGGAGGAAGCCGGGGUUUCAGUGGGUCCUGCUCAAGAGGAGGGAGUCGAGGCUUCAGUUCAGGCUCUGCAGUAGUCUCCAGUGGGAGCCGAAGAUCUGCCAGCAGUUCCUCCUGCUUGAUGCGCCAUGGUGGAGGUGGUAGCAGCCAAAGUCUUAUUGGUCUCGGAGGAAACAAGAGCAUCUCCAUGAGUGUCGCUGGAAGAGGCAGUGGCUUUUGUGGCAGAGGUGGCAGCUUUGGUGGAGGCAGUAGCUUUGGCGGAGGAGGUUUUGGCGGAGGAGGUUUUGGCGGAAGAAGCUUUGGCGGAGGUAGCGGUUUUGGCGGAGGCGGUUUUGGCGGAGGCAGCGGUUUUGGCGGAGGAGGCUUUGGAGGAGGCAGCGGUUUUGGAGGAGGCCGCUUUGGACCAGGUGGUGGUUUCGGUGGCCCUGGUGGAUCUGGUGGCUUUGGCCCUGGAGGAUAUCCUGGAGGUGGUAUUCAUGAAGUUACUGUCAACCCAAAUCUUCUGGAGCCUCUUAAUGUAAAAAUUGAUCCAGAGUUCCAGAAUGUCAAAUCAGAGGAGCGGGAGCAGAUUAAGAAACUCAACAACAAAUUUGCUAGCUUCAUAGACAAGGUUCGUUUCCUGGAGCAGCAGAACCAGGUGUUGACAACUAAAUGGGAGAUGCUCCAGCAAAUCGAUGUCAGUUCCCGCUCACCCAACCUAGAGCCCUUAUUUGAGAUGUACAUCAGCAGCUUGAAGCAGAAAGUAGACGGUCUCACAGCAGAAAAAUCAAAGCAAGAUUCAGAGCUGAACAACAUGCAGGAUCUUGUUGAAGAUUUUAAGAAAAAGUAUGAGGAUGAGAUCAACAAACGCAAUUCCUGUGAGAAUGACUUUGUGACAAUCAAGAAGGAUGUCGACAGUGCCUAUACGAAGAAGGUGGAGCUGGAAAGCCUAGUGAAUGUGUUGAAAGAAGAACUUGAAUUCCUGACGGUCUUAUAUGAAGCGGAGAUGUCCCAGAUGCAACAAUGCAUCACUGACACCAAUGUGAUCCUGUCCAUGGACAACAAUCGCAGCUUGGACCUGGAAGGCAUUAUCAAGGAGGUCCAAUCCCAGUAUGAAGAAAUUGCACAGAGGAGCAAGACGGAGGCUGAAACCCUAUAUCAUAGCAAAUAUGAAGAGCUCCAGAUCACUGCAGGGAAACAUGGAGAGAGUCUGAAGGAAAUCAAGAUGGAGAUUAGUGAGCUGAACCGCAUGAUCCAGAGGCUGCAAGGAGAAAUUGCCCACGUGAAAAAGCAGUGCCGUACUAUCCAAGACUCCAUUGCUGAUGCAGAGCAGCGGGGGGAGCAUGCUCUCAAAGAUGCCAGGCACAAGAUGGAAGAACUGGAGGAAGCUCUCCAGCAUACCAAGGAGGAGCUGGUCCGCCUGUUGAGGGACUACCAGGAGCUGAUGAAUGUCAAAAUCGCCUUGGAUUUGGAGAUUGCCACUUACAAGAAACUGCUGGAAGGAGAAGAGAAUAGAAUUUCUGGAGAAGUUCCCAACAAUGUGUCUAUAUCUAUAAGUAGCAGCACCAUCUCAUCCAGUGUGGCAUCCAAGGCUGGUUUUAGAGGUUCUGGAGGAGGAGGCGGAGGCGGAGGACAUGGUUCUGGAGGCAGAGGGUCCAGUUCUGGAGGAGGAGGAGGAUAUGGCUCUGGAGGCAGGGGUUCUAGUUCUGGAGGAGGAGGAGGAGGAUAUGGCUCUGGAGGCAGGGGUUCUAGUUCUGGAGGAGGUGGAGGAGGAUAUGGCUCUGGAGGCAGGGGUUCUAGCUCUGGAGGAGGUGGAGGAGGAUAUGGCUCUGGAGGGAGAGGUUCUAGCUCUGGAGGAGGAGGAGGAGGAGGGUACAGCUCUGGAAGCAGGGGAUCUGGCUCUGGUGGAGGCAGUUCUGGAGGCAGGGGUUCUAGCUCAGGAGGUGGCAGUGGAGGAGGAGGAGGAAGCUAUGGCUCUGGAGGUCAAGGGUCCAGUUCUGGGAGUCGAGGCUCAGGCUCCAGAGGUGGAGGCAGUGGAGGAUCUGGAGGAGGCCAGGGAGAAGAGGAGAGCUGUGGCUCCAGUGUGUCAUUCUCAUUCAGAUAAAGCUGUUCCCCCAAUGCCUCCCUGCUCUGAAUGUAAAAACAAGCCUUUCCCUGUUCUAUUUGUUGACAGUGUUUCAAACCACGUCAACCAUCCCAUUUCAGGGGGAAAAGAGAUGCUCAAGCCUAUUUUCAGAAAGCUCUCACCAUUACUGCCCCUCAGAGCUAUUUGUAGCUCUUCUCCAUUAGGGGAAACUGUGCUGGGGCUCAGAGGACUGUAGCAUCUUUCCUGCUCCCAUUUUUUUCAGUGCUCCCUUCUGAUAGACACUUUAGAAUUUCUAUUUCCUUGCAUGCAGCAAAAAAAGGAAAAAAAAAGUCAUAUUCCUUGUAUGUACAUAAUUUCUCUUGCUGAAUCAGCUGCCUAAAAUGUUACUCUGCCCCCACCCAGGUCUAUAAAAUAAACUUCAUUUGCAAUUCA